AAAAAAUGCUUAUCAAAAUCCUCGUUACUCUCAGCCUUAACCGCCCCCACCCCACACUUUUUUAAUUAUCUGUCCAAAAAAGCACCGUCACCGUUUUCACUAACGGUGACAACUGUUGUUCUCUUGUAUCAUCAUUCACGGUGUUAUUUAGUACAGCCUAUUUCUGUUUACCCCACACAAACAAACGCCUUCCUAUAAUUUUUCUGUGUGUCCACCUUUUAAUUGUCCUCCUCAAUAUUUCUUGUGUGUUUCUUGACUUGUUCACUAUUUUUUUUCUCUUUUGUUCUUCAUUUUCACAUGUGUAUUAAGUAAAAGAAAUCCUCAAAUUAAUAGAAAAAAAUUGAAGGAUGAGGAUGGUAAGGGCCAUUGAUUGUUCAGAGUGUCCUAGUGUCUGUGGGUUCUUGGUUGUUGAAGCUUAUCCUAAAAGGUACUCUUCCAAGAUCCCUUCUGAUUUAGUCCUUUUUUUGGGUCUUGGUUUCAUUGAUUGGUAAUCCAAUUAUACAUUCAAUAAAUACACAAGUUAUAUUAUAUAGUGGAAAAAAAAAUAAAGAGUUUUUAUGUAUGAUUUUGGUGAAUAAAGAUUAUGGGUUUUUCAAGAUUCUUUGGGGGUCUAGUUUUUCUUGAUUUUUCUUCUGACUUUUGACUAUUUUGGUAUUUGGGUUUUUGAGGGUUUUUGUAGUUAUGUGAUGAAUAAGUAAAAAAGGGUUUUGAUGGUGGUGUGAAUGUUGUUGUUUUUGUUGUUGUUGGGAGUAGGAAAAUGGAUGUGUUGUUUUUUGUAAAGAUUGAUUUUUUUCCAAGAAAGUUGUUGCUUUGGGUAAUUAAGAAUUGGAGCUAGCAUUUAGCAAAUAGAGUUGUUUCCUAAGGGAGAUAAAAUUUGUGAAAUGGUAGAUACACUUCUUACAACAUUGUCAAUGGAGAAUCAUCAUCACCCUUUAACACUCUUGUCAAUGGAUUCAAGUGCUUCUUCUUCACAUGAGGAAUUAGACCUUGAGAUGAAUCGCCAAGUUGUUAUAACGCGUCCCCCUGAUAUUAAUUUGCCCUUAUCAGCUGAGCGUAGCUCGCCUCCUCAACCGUGGAAUGAUAUUCUUGAUGUUGGGCUAGGGACACAGAUCUAUGAGAGUGAAACUUUUCUUAGUGUGCCUAAAGUAGGGAGGAAAUGUGUAAAGCGUGUAGAUAGUAUCUGGGGCGCGUGGUUUUUCUUUAGUUUCUACUUUAAGCCUGUUUUAAGUGAGAAAUCUAAGGCUAAGAUGAUCCGCGAUAGUAAUGGAAUCUCGGGGUUUGAUAAAUCUGAUCUCCAACUCGAUGUUUUUAUGGUUCAACAUGAUAUGGAGAAUAUGUAUAUGUGGGUGUUCAAGGAUAGACCUGAGAAUGCAUUGGGUAAGAUGCAGCUACGGAGUUACAUGAAUGGCCAUUCUCGACAAGGAGAACGUCCAUUUCCCUUUAGCGCUGAUAGGGGUUUCAUUCGAUCACAUAGGAUGCAAAGGAAGCAUUACAGAGGCUUAUCGAAUCCUCAAUGUGUUCAUGGGAUUGAGGUUGUGUCAUCUCCCAAUCUCAUGGUUCUUGAUGAAGAGGAGCGCAAAAGAUGGAAGGAACUCACUGGUAGGGAUGUGAACUUCACUAUCCCACCGGAAGCUAGUGAUUUCAGUUCAUGGAGAAACCUCCCCAACACCGAAUUUGAGCUUGAGAGGCCACCUCCGCCAAUAAAGAGUAAUCCACAUUCCAACUCAAAGAAACUGCUUAAUGGUUCAGGACUUAAUUUGUCAACUCAGCCAUCCAAUCAUACCAAUGGAGAUGCAAUGGAUCUAUUACCUGUCAACGGCAAAAGGAAAAAGGACUUCUUCUCAAAUGGAACUGAAGAGGAUUGUCAUCUGCAAGUCAAUCCUCCUUCCUUGCAAAUUCCGGACCUUGAAAUUCACUCAAAUGAACGACAUUGGUUAAAUGAAUUUAGUGGGGUGAUGAGGGAUACUUAUGGUCCUGUUACAGCUGCGAAAAGUAUAUAUGAAGAUGAAGAAGGUUAUUUGAUCGUAAUCAGCUUGCCCUUUGUUGAUCUUCAAAGAGUGAAAGUUUCAUGGCGGAACAUGGUCACACGUGGGAUAAUCAAGGUGUCUUGUUUGAGCACAUCUCGGAACCCAUUCAUCAAGAGAUUCAAUAGGACUUUCAAGCUUCAAGUUUCAUCCUCAGAACACUGCCUUCCAGGAGAGUUCGUCAGAGAAAUUCCUCUUCCAACCAGAAUUCCUGAAGAUGCUAAAAUUGAAGCAUAUUAUGAUGAAACAGGGACGGGGCUCGAGAUCAUGGUGCCAAAAGUUCGCGAGGGGCCAGAAGAAGAACACGAAGUUCGGGUUUGUCUCCGUCCUCACCUUGUAGGAAAUGACCUCAUGUUGACCUAGACAGACGCAUACUGGGGGAAUGCAUGGGUGGUUGUUAGGGCUGGUGCUUCGUUCAGCACUUUGUAUUAUCUAUGUAGUGUGGUUUUAUGAAAAACACUAAAUGUUGUGGUUGGCAGUUGUCAUCUUAACUAGUUUUUAUUGCAAGUGUUUUUCUGUGAAA